CGCAACUCUACUUUGUCGUGCUUGUGUAUAGGAAGCACAAAGGCAGAAAUCUAUCGGCAGAAAAAAAAGGGGGCAAAAAAAACGAACAAGAGAAGGAAGAAGAAGAAAUUGCCAUGGGCGAUCUACUCUCGUGGCUAUUCUCCUUCUUCCUUCUCGUAGCUGUUCUUGGUACUAUCCUAUACCAGCUCAUGUGCUUGGCAGAUCUUGAAUAUGAUUAUGUCAACCCUUAUGAUUCAGCAUCUCGGAUUAACAGAGUAGUGGUGCCAGAAUUUGCUCUUCAAGGAGCAUUGUGCUUCCUACAUCUUGUGACAGGGCAUUGGGUGAUGUUUCUGAUAUGUCUACCAUACUUAUAUUAUAACAUCAAAGUCUAUACUGAUCGCUGCCACUUGGUAGAUGUAACGGAAAUUUUCAAUCACCUUCCGUGGGAUAAGAAGGUUCGGUUGUAUAAGCUUGGAUACCUUGUGAUACUUCUUGCCUUCUCGAUAUUCUGGAUGGUUUGGAGCAUUGUGGAUGAGUGAGUAUGAGGAAUUGCCCCUUCCACGAAGGGUUUGAUCGAAUGAAGAAAUUGGGAUUUUUCGGGCACUGGCACGGUGGAGCUGGCCUUUAAUGGUGCCAUAAACGGAUUGUGGUGAUGGCUUUACGGAAUUAAUCUUAUCUGAAGGGAGAGUUGGAAGUCGUCAACUGGCUGGAAAGCAUACACUUUCUGAUGCUUGAGUUACAUCUCUUUUUUUCUUUUUGGUAGAUUUAACUUUAUGAUGCCCUUUAAGCAUCUAAUUUAUUGGGCAAUAGGCAUAUGGUUGAACUUGUGUAAAUCAGGAUAUACCCAUUGGGAUCUUAUGUCAUAAUGUCUUAGCAAA